CUGGAUCAUUGGGAGCUCUUCUGGUCCAGGUGUGACCUGUACAAUAAGGACAGGUUGCACUUAAAUCCGAGGGGGACCAAUAUCCUGGCGGGGAGGUUUGCUAAGGCUGUUAGGGAGAGUUUAAACUAGAAUUGCUUGGGGGGGGGGUGGUGGGAACUGAACUGAAGAGACGGAGGAAGAGGCGGUUGGCUCAGAAAUAGAGAAAGCUUGUAGACAGUACGAAAGGGAGGAUAGGCAGGUGAUAGAGAAGGGACACACUCAGACCAAUGGUUUGAGAUGUGUCUAUUUUAAUGCAAGAAGUAUCAUGACCAGAGCGGGUGAGUUUAGAGCGUGGAUCAGAACUUGGAGCUAUGAUAUUGUGGCCAUUACAGAGACUUGGAUGGUUCAGGGGCAGGAAUGGCUACUUAGAGUGCCUGGCUUUAGAUGUUUCAGAAAAGAUAAGGAGGGAGGAAAAAGAGGUGGGGGUUGACACUGCUGAUCAGAGAUAGUGUCACGGCUGCAGAAAAGGAGGAAGUCAUGGUGGGAUUGUCUACAGAGUUCCUGUGGGUGGAAGUUAGACCACCCAAUACUAAGAGGGACAUCGAGGAGCAGAUAGGGAAACAGAUUCUGGAAAGUUGUAAUAAUAACAGGGUUUUUGUGGUGGGAGAUAUUAAUUUCCCAAAUAUUGAUUGGCAUCUCCCUAGAGCAAGGGGUUUAGAUGGGGUGGAGUUUGUUAGGUGUGUUCAGGAAGGUUUCCUGACACAAUAUGUAGAUAAGCCUAGAAGAGGAGAGGCUGUGCUUGAUCUGGUAUUGGGAAAUGAACCUGGUCAGGUGUCAGGUCUCUCAGUUUGAGAGCAUUUUUGAGAUAGUGAUCACAAUUCUAUCUCCUUUACCAUACCAUUGGAGAGGGAUAGGAAUAGACAAGUUUGGAAAGCUAUCAGGCUGAAACUUGGAAGCAUUAAUUGGGAACAGAUGUUCUCAGGGAAAUGUGACAAAUGCUCAGUGGAUAUUUGUGUGGAGUUCUGCCUAGGUACAUUCCAAUGAGACAGGGAAAGGAUGGUAGGGUAUAGCAACUGUGGUGUACAAAGGCUGUUGAAAAUCUAGUCAAGAAGAAAAGAAAAGCUUAGGAAAGAUUCAAAAGACUAGGUAAUGAUAGAGAUCUAGAAGAUUAUAAGCUAGCAGGAAGGAGUUUAAGAAUGAAAUUAGGAGAGCCAGAAAGGGCCAUGAGAAGGCCUUGGCGAGGAGGAUUAAGGAAAACCCCAAGGCAUUCUACAAGUAUGUGAAGAGCAAGAAGAUUGGAUGUGAGAGAAUAGGACCAAUCAAAUGUGACAGUGGAAAAGUGUGUAUGGAACCGGAGGAGAUAGCAGAGGAGUGAGACAGAGAUCAGUCUGUGCUGUGGAGAGGAUCUCGCCCGGUUUUGAGCAGACGGCACAAAGUGAUGGACUGCCCCAUCCUAGCCGAGGAUCUGCUGAGUGACGUGGAACCCCUGUCCCUCUCUGCGCCAAGCUCUGCCCCAGUCAGCCCCAGCCCCAGCAGAGCCGCACCCUCCGUCACCAUUGCCUCAGCCCGUUCGCUUCCUGCUAGCCCGAGCACCGUGCUUGCCAACUCCUCGGAGGUCACCACCAGACUCUACGCUUCACUGCGGGCAAACCGUCAGCUUGGACUCUGGCCUGCUCCUGGAGGGGGAGAGGAGCCCUCAGGCAAGCAUUCCAUCAGUGGAAGCUUGACAAAGGAUGCCACUCGCCCUGACUGCACCAUGGCAUUGUCGAGGAGACAAGCCUCAGCUUCAGCACAAGGAGAGAUGGCAGAGCAUGGUGGUGCAUCUGUCUGCACCGACAGGCCCUGUGCCAAGAUUCCUGGGUCUCAGCCCUUCAUCGGGCUGCAGGACGGCAUCCUGGGCACCUCAUUGGCACACAAGGAGCUCAUUGUCAACCAACACCCAAAGCUGACUCGCCUCACCAGGGACAAGGGCUCUGCUGGUCACUUGGCGCUGCCUGACCUGGAGGAGCUGGCUGUGGAGAUGACCCAGAGGCUGUCCAAGAGGGCGGAAACCAGCAGUGGACCAAAGGCUGGAUCCAGGCACAUCUCUGAGAUGGAGUCGGUGCGAUCCCACCUUCACAGCAUGUUGAAAUUCUCUCAGGAUCUCACCCAUAGGAGUGAUACCAUCAGUCCGGCUGACGAGCAGCGGAGAGAUGACGACCCAUAUGAAAGUGAAUGCACCAGCUCCCUGCUGAGUGCCAAACCGUUUCAGGAGAUGUCAGUGUCCCCGCCGGGACCCAUGCUGGAAUUGGACGAAGCUACUCUCUUUCCCCGGUAUUCCCGGAUGCAGCUUACGACAGGGCCAGUGGCUGCGUCUUCCCUCUAUGAGUAUCAGAUCCUGAAGGACACCCUUGACAAAGAGCGCACAAGGAGAAAGCACUGUGAGAAGCAGAUUCAGAUCCUGCAGAACAAGAUCUUGGAACUCCAGCAGCAGUUGGCUGUGGCAGUAUCAGCGGACCGCAAGAAGGAUAUCAUGAUCGAGCAGCUGGACAAGACGCUAGCGAAGGUGGUGGAGGGCUGGAAGAAACACGAUACAGAGAGGUCUGAGGUCUUAAAACACCUGCAGGAGGAGCACGAGGUGUUAGAGCAGGAGCGCGGCGAGCGCCAGCAGGCACUGUUGAACUUUGAGCACCAUUUAUCUCAGGCAAACCAAGCUCUGGCGAAAGAGCUACAGGAGAAGGAACGGCUGGAAAAGGAGAGGGGUUUGUUGGAGGACGAGGCCCAGCAGCUCCGCGAGGCUCUACAGGCAGAGCAGCAGCAUAGCCUGAAGCUUCAGGCUGACUGUGACCGGGCUGAGGGCGGCUGGUCGCAGGAGCGACAGCAAACCCAGACCUUGCAGGCCCAGCUGGCUGAAGAGCGUGCGACAUGGAGCCAGCAGGAGCAGCAGCUACAACAGCGGAGUGCCCAGCGCGAGGAGGAACUUCAGGAGGAGAUCGAGAAGGAGAGGGCAGCCACACAGCAAGAGGCUCAGCGAGGACGAGAUGCACAGCUGGUACUGUCGGCUGUGCAGACCGAGAUGCAACGACUGGAGGGUGAACUGGACACAGUCAGCCGCGACAGGGAAGGCCUGCAAAUGGAGCUGAGCCUAGUGAAGGCUCGCUUCGAGUCACAGAGAGUCAAGAGUGAGACAGAGUUUAAGGUGGCUCUGGAGCAGCAGGUGGCUGAGCGACUGACAGCCGCACACGAAGACAGCACCCAACAAAUGGCUGCCAUCCGAGAUCAGCACAGGAAGCAGAUCAUGGAGCUGACGACGCAGCACGAGCACGAGAUGGGCAAGCAACUGGCUGAGUUCAAACUCGAGCUACAGGAGCGCGAAGAGAAACAUCGGCAUGUGAUUGAGGGAUAUGAGCUAAGCUCCCUCCCUCUCCAAACGCCUGCUCUUUCCACCUCACUCACUCUCUUAUUCCCCCACCCUUGCUGCUCAUACAGGUUGGCGAAGGGGCAGGAGGAGACUGGGCGACUGCUCACAGCGAAGAGAAAGCUGGAGAUCCAGCGAAGUGAGAUGGUGUCCAAACUGCAGACCAUGAUGCAGUCCCACUGGAAUGAAGCACUGAAGGUGUUGAUGUCCGAAAACAUUCCACAGGGUCCCCAGCAGCUGCAGCAGCCCACUCUGCUUUGUGACCAGGUGCCCUUCUACCGAGAGCUGAACAGGAGUUUGCCUGCCUGGGGAGGUCCGUAUGGCAGACCAUGUGUGGAAGCCGAUCUUUUGUCCUGCCCUGUACCCCCAGCUUCAGAUACCGACCAACUGAAGUUCUCCUUCUGCAGCCAAAGUCCUGUGGAUUCGCUCGUGCCCCACCAAUCUGAGCAGCUGGUCAGGGACAUCCAUGGGAGCGAAAUCCAUGCCCGGGUACAGAUUCAGGACCACCAGGCCACAGGAGGGAGGGUGGAGGGUGGAGGACCACCUGAGACCACAGGUGCUUGUGGUUCCAGUGCCUUCUUCCCUCGGGCCAUCCCCCUACAGCCCGUUGCUAAGCUGGUUCCCACAGCAGCCAUGGACCAAACAACUGAGCCCUGCCUGCAAGGUGACAACCAUGGUGAGGCUGAACACCCGUCCGUGACGAUAAGUUUGCAGGACCAGCAACCAGUGAAGCAGUUGCUACCCAACCCUCCCAGCGUGGAGCAUCUCAGCCACCUCUUGAACUACAGCUUCCUCAGCCACAACAGCUUCCAGCCGCUCGAGCCACAGGUGGAUGAGACCAUUCAAGCCCCUGGCCCUCAGGUGGAGGAGCUGGCUGAACACCCGUUCACUGAAUCCGAGGCUGGCACACGGACCCAGAGCCAGCGGCUGAGCGAGGGUGGGACGGUUCCAGACAGCAGCUUCAACUCAUCAGGGGACCAGUCCCUCCAGGACCAGAGCUCACGGAGUAGUGAGCUGCAGUACUACAUACAGAUGCUCUUGGACCGUUCACCUGGCAAUCCCGUGGAUACCAGUGGGGAUGUGGAGACUCCCAACAUAAUGCAACAUAGUGCAGAAACCCAACAGAUGAUAUCCCCGUGUGUGCCAGACCACUCUGGUAACUGGGAGGUGGUCAGGCCCCAGCCUAUGGGACAGCUGUCAGCCACGCAGAACACCAGACCCCCAAGCAGUGCAGUGCAGAAGGUAAAGCUUGGACCCUCGGAGUCGGUCUCUGUUCAGAAAUCAGGUAUUGCCAACGGAGUGCUGUCACCUAAGGAGGUCGGGGAGCUCUCGAGACUGCUGAGCCUGUACAACAGUAACUCAGAUCACGCAGCACCUUCUGUGGAUGAGCUUUUCACCUAUCUGAGGCAUGUCCAGGCUAACAGGCCUAGGGUACCAGAGGGUCUAGCUCCCACUGCUCUGAGGAAUCAGGAUCAGAAGUUAAACCCAACAGCAAAGAAAGAGAGUCUGCCAAGCCAGAAGCGUGUCACCAGCAACAGGCCGGAGAAUCGCCCCAGCUCUAGUAAAGACAAGAGGAGAGGUGUGCUGCCCUCCCAGGGAGGAGGCAGCCGGGGAGCCAAGGCAGCAAUCUGGAGAUAGGCAAACUGACCUGCGAGGUGUUGCUAUUCCCUGACACUGAACUGUGAGUGGUUGGUUGUAUGGUAGGGCUGCAUUGCAUCUCCAGACCAGACGCGACCCCGCAAAUCUGAUCGGCGUUGCCUCUGGCAUGGUCAGAGGCGAUUUGAUCGGUUGUAGAGGGAGCUUGAAUCAGAUUCCACUCAGUCCGUGGAGAACCUAAUUGUUUUUUAAACAGCAGGUGCUGAAAGUUUGAGAGGUGCUAAUCUGUCCAGCAUACUGGAGUUGAAUUUUGAGCAUUGUGUAGGUUAGGAGUGACAAUCUUUGUUCACUGUGUUCACCCUCUCUUCAAAGCUUGUUCCAUCUCACUGGUGACAGGUUCCAUCAAUUUCACCUACCCUUUGAUUCACGUCCUCAUUUUAGCUCCUCAACUUUCUCAUAACUGUCUGUGGAGAGUUAAUAUACCAGUAAUACCACCAGAGCAUGAAUCUCCUGUUUACCUCUUGACAUACUGGCAGUUUGUUUUGGGCAUUUAUAUCACUUUAAUGCUUUGGGUUAAAAUCUAGAUUUGCUUCUGUAUCAUUUACUAAACAAUUGGCAUUUGGAGAUGCCCAUGACUAAAUUCUUGUUCUUCUGGUCAUUGUUUCUUUAUCACUGAUUUAUUCUUUCCCCAUGUCUGCGUGCUGUAUGUAUUUUUGUGUGCAUGGUCAAGAGGUAAUGGCCCAAACACCCAUUGUCUUAGAUGGCAGGAAACUUACAUUUAUAGUCAUAACAUUUACUGAACAAUCAGGUUUUGUGUGGUCAAGAGAUGAUGUCCCAAACGUUAAUUGUCAUAGGCAGCAGAAAGCUUGUUUGCUCCAAGUCAGGUUCCCAAGAUCCUUAAUUAUGGCGACCCUAAAGGAACUUUCAUUCCAAGAACUGUGCAGGGCUAAAGUUUUUUGAGGAGGCACAUGAAUCUCCUGAUAAAGAUUCUGGCUGUGAUACCUUAUGUUUGCAUGGGCAUCCUGUCCAUACUCAUGAGAGUGAGUAUUUCAUUUAGUGCUCCCUUGAACAUCUUACCCUGACCCUGUGCUGGACAUUGUAACCCCAGUGUGUGUCCCACCUGAGUCUGACUGAAUAAAUCUGACCGGAAUACAUCGUACUGGGGGUUCACACAGUCCUCCUCUUGCUUUUGCUCACGGCCAGCAGCUUGCAGAGGUCACCCUCCAUGGCUUCCAUUUCAUCCAGCUGAAAAGGAUUUCAUGUGUUCAGGGCAGUUCAAAAGAAAUUUGGUUCUUUUUUAUACGAGCAUGUUACCCUUGCCCCCCUUCAAGUACUUCCAGGAUGAUAAAUCCUUUCAAACGUCCUAUACUAUUUAACUCUUAGCACUAAUAUGUACUUUCCAGAGGCUUUGUGUGACAGCUGAACUUAAUCUCCUACAUCGCAGGUGAUUUUUGUCUGCAUGCUGUCAUUUGCUUCCCUAUAUUUGUGUGUGUGUGUAUGUUUGUGCACACGUGUGUGUAUGUUUAUUUUUGUAAAUAAUCUUAAGUGCCUUAUUUUAAUAUUGAUUUUUAUAUAAUAAACUUUAUAGAGCUAUUUUUAAAAACA